CAUAUGAAUAAAGGGAAACUUGAACGCCAAGUAGUUUUCCGAGUCCUGAUUAAGAACCUAUUUAUCAGAUCAAUGAAUUUCGGCAUAAGGAAUUAAUUUUUUGUGAAUGGAUGCAAGUGGAAAUUCACAUUCUAUUUCAUUAGCAACAUAAAAACAUAUGACAAGAUCAAAAAUGGUUCGUGGCUGAGACGUGGAGCUAAACGACGCCGUAUGACAACAACCGACUCUUCAUUUCUCUUCUGUUCCUUUCGGUUCGUGUUCAAUACUACUGGUUUCUGAUGAUCGCCAGUAGAUACAUACACUCGUCAUUCCCACCUUCUCCGAAUUCACCAACCUAGGGUUUUCGAACUCUCUGGAUUCUUCCGUGCAAUUUCUAGAAGUUUCGUCAAAUGGAAUCACUCUGUUUCCACGACGGCAACAUCACUGACUUGAUCAACAAACGAUCCCUCCACGUUCGCCAUGAUUCAGGUCAUGGAUUGCAGAUGCACUCCUCUUUGGUGGAAAGAAUGGCCUUAGAAAGAGAAUUGGAGGGGCAUCAGGGUUGUGUGAAUGCGAUAGCUUGGAACUCAAAAGGCUCUCUUUUGAUAUCUGGAUCAGAUGAUACAAGAAUGAAUAUAUGGAAUUAUUCAAGCCGCAAACUUUUGCAUUCCAUUGAGACCGGUCACACUGCCAACAUAUUCUGCACGAAGUUUGUUCCAGAAACUUCAGAUGAGCUAGUCGUUUCUGGAGCAGGAGAUGCUGAAGUUCGUCUUUUUCAUUUGUCUCAUCUAAAGGGAAGAGGUGCUGAAGACAGUGCUUUGACUCCAUCCGUUCUAUUUCAGUGUCAUACCAGGAGGGUUAAAAAAAUAGCUGUUGAAGUUGGGAAUCCUCAUGUAGUAUGGAGUGCUAGUGAAGAUGGGACAGUGAGGCAGCAUGACUUACGGGAGGGUGCGUCUUGUCCCCCAGCUGGUUCUUCUCGUCAAGAAUGCCGUAAUAUACUUCUUGACUUACGCUGUGGAGCUAAGAAAUCAUUAACUGAUCCUCCGAAACAGUUGUUUGCUCUGAAGUCGUGUGAUAUUAGCUCCACAAGGCCUCAUUUGCUCCUCGUUGGUGGAAGUGAUGCUUUUGCUCGGUUGUAUGAUAGGAGAAUGCUGCCUCCAUUAUCCUCGAGUCAAAAAAAGCUGCCACCUCCACCUUGUGUCAGCUACUUCUGCCCAAUGCAUCUUUCUGAUCGUGGACGUUCCAGCUUUCAUCUGACUCAUGUCGCAUUUAGUCCUAACGGAGAGGAGGUUUUGCUUAGCUACAGUGGAGAACAUGUAUACUUGAUGGAUGUGAAUCCUGCACAUGGAGGUUCUAUGCCGUAUACUUCAGGAGAUGUAUCAAACCUGAUGAAUUUUGCUCCCUUGCUCAAUGGAAUCGAAUUGCAAUCAUCAGUUAGUGGAAUCUUUGUAAACGGUUCUUCAUCGAAAAGAAUUCCAGCUACCAAGCUAGAAAAGUGCAAAAAAUUGAUUCAGAUGGCAAUGAAGUCUUUGAAAGAAGAUUCCAACUUUUAUUAUGGGAUAGAAGCUUGUAAUGAAGUCUUGGACGGUUGCAGGGAUGACAUUGGUCCCCUUCUAACCUUCGAAUGUUUAUGCACUCGUGCAGCAAUAUUGCUCAAGAGGAAGUGGAAAAAUGAUGCACAUAUGGCUAUAAGAGAUUGUCAUAGAGCUAGAAAGCUCAAUUCAUCUUCCUUUAGGCCUCUUCUUUUGAUCGCUGAUGCUCUUUCACAGUUGGGUAAGCAUAAAGAAGCAUUGGAGUUCGCUAUUGGCGCUCAAUCCUCGGCUCCAUCUGAUUCUGAAGUUGCCCUAAAGGUGGAGAGUAUAAAAGAUAAUAUCGCUGCAGCUGAAGCAGACAAAGCAAAUAAGGCAAAUGGAGGAGAAUCUAGGUCAGAUCCUCGGGCAGGAAGAGUAUUAUCUCUAAGUGACAUACUUUAUCGUUCAGACGCAAACAGUGAUGCAUCGCAAGAUGGUCCCAGGUCUGAAAGAGAUGAUUCUGAUGAUGACGAGGAGUUAGAAUUGGCUUUUGAAACAUCAAUAUCUGGUGAUGAAGGACGGGAUGUUGAUCCCGAUGUCCUCCAUGGAAGUUUGAACUUAAGAAUUCAUAGGAGAGGUGAUUCCACUGGGGAGACUGGACGAGCAAAUGGUGCUAGUGGUUCGCCAACCUCGAGUCAAAAAGAGAAAGCAGCUUACAAGCCUGAAGCAGUGAUAGAUAUGAAGCAAAGAUAUGUUGGUCAUUGCAACGUAGGCACUGAUAUAAAACAGGCGAGCUUUCUUGGAGAACGAGGUGAAUAUAUUGCUUGUGGAAGUGAUGAUGGAAGAUGGUUUAUUUGGGAGAAACAAACUGGUAGAUUGAUAAAAAUGCUUCAUGGAGAUGAAGCUGUUGUAAAUUGUGUACAGUGCCACCCAUAUGAUUGUGUUGUGGCUACCAGUGGAAUUGAUAGCACCAUUAAGAUUUGGACUCCGAGUGCGUCUGUCCCUUCCCUUGUGGCUGGUGGAGCUGCAGGACCAGAGACUUCCAAUGUGUUAGAUGCAAUGGAAAGCAAUCAACGCAGAUUGUGCCGCACGCGUGAAGCUGUCUUGCCUUUUGAAUUUUUGGAGAGAUUUAGGAUGCACGAGUUUACAGAAGGCAGCUUACAUCCAUUCGAAUGCACGCAAAGCUGAGAAGGUUAAGCUGAUUUUCUUAAAUACUGAUGGUGGAUAUGAAGUUUAUCCGUUGGACAUGCUGGCAUGGGAAGGAAGAGAGUGGAAUGUAUAGUUAACCAAGUCGAUUGAAAAUUUUGGCUCCCAAACCAGCUGAAGUUUGAUCCAAUUGUAAUUCAUAUUUCUGUGCAGUCUUUCCUGGUGACGUGUUUCACUGUAUUAUAUUUUAAUUCUUCUCAGCUGUCCUCUCUUCCUAUGAGGUCUCUGUAAAUAUAUAUCUCGGUCUUUUAUCUUACAUAGUAAUACAUUCAAGUUAAACAUGGUCUAUCCUCAUUGUAUUUGAUUGAUAGUUCAGAGGCUUAGAUUAGCAAUAGCAGAGUGCCGUUGGCUUCAACUUUUAAUGUGUGAGAAUGUCAGCUAAUAGUGUGUUUACUGUGGCAGAAAAUCAUAUCCUUGGUGAA